AUGACAGCCGUCUCACCGGCAGAGACCGCAUUAGUGGUCCUGUACUACAUCUAUCCGGCUACUGUUUUCCUCUACUUCAUCGUCUCCUCCCUUGUUUCGGCUUGCACAGUGGCCGCCUCCAAGAAGAGCGAAAAUGGCAAGCAGAACCGCCCCAGCCGCACGACUACUCUGGUGCUUUCCCUCCUCUGCAUCUUGACGUUCGUUGCUCAGCUAGCCGUGGUUGGUACUGAGGCAUUCCUGGCGCGAGAGUGGCCUACUCAGGACCACAUCAUCAUCGGACACUUGUCUUGCAUUCUGGUCUUUGGCAUUCACCUUAGCCGUUGCCUUGACCUUGAAGAUGACCCAUCAUACCCUUUUGUCGGCUCCUGGCUGCUCGGUCUCGUCUUUGAUGUCAUCAUCCUCGCUUUAUCGGCAGGCCUAGGACUGUUGCUCCAGCCCAACGUUUUCAGCAUCAUUGAUACAGCUGUGGUUGCUCUGCGCUGCCUCUCGUUUCUCUUGUUGGUGGCUCUUUUCACUCUCAGUCCCUCACUCAAGCCAAGCUCGGAUGAGGAGCGGCAACCCCUCCUCCCCAAGGACACGACAACCUCACCUAGCAGCCCCACUGGCCUGUCUCAACAUAGCCAGGAGUCCGGGUACGGAUCAACGCUCCAAGCUGAAGAGGAAGACACCGAGGAGACUCCUGAGUAUAACUGGGAGCGACGUGAGAGGGAGGCCAAAGAAGCUAUGAAGAAGCGGCUCGAAGAAGGUGGUAAUUGGUUUGAGUACGCCAAAGGAUUCAAGAUCCUCUUUCCAUACGUUUGGCCUGUUGGUAAUAUCGGUCUUCAGCUCCGUGCCGCGGCAGUUUGCCUGUGCUUGUUUGGCUCAAAUGCGCUUCAUUUGCUCAUUCCUCGCCAGACAGGUAUCAUCAUGGACAGUUUGAGCGGAUCUGACCAAACCAACCCUUGGCUCGCCGUCAUCAUCUUUGCUGCUCUCCGCUUGGCCGCCUCUGAAUCGGGUAUCGAGCUUGUUCGUCAAUGGCUCUGGGUCCCCGUCAAGUACUACUCGCAUGACGCCCUGACGCGAGCUGCUUACUCGCACAUGAUGCAUCUUUCAGCCGAUUUUCACGACUCCAAGAGCUCUUCGGACAUGAUGAUGGCCAUCUAUGGAGGCAGCGCAGUUUCCAACGUGAUCGAAAACGUCCUGCUCUACGCUGUUCCCAUGCUCAUCGACAUGGGUGUGGCCGUCGUCUAUCUUUCCAUCACCUUUGGACCCUACGAAGGACUGAUUACUAUGGCAACAGGAGUCUUUUUCCUACUCAUCGCCAGCAGACUCGUUGCCAACUCCAAGGCGGCAAGUCGCAAUCGUGUCAAUGCGUUGUACGAGGAACACUAUGUUCGACAGUCAGGCUUCCUUGGAUGGCAAACCGUCAGUGCUUUCAACCAGAUUGGCUAUGAAGACAACCGACACGCCAAUGCAGUCACCAACCGCUGGCUUAGGGAGCAGCAAUACGUCCUCGGGUGGUACAUCUCUAUCGGAUUUCAGACCUUGGUGCUCACAUCCGGUCUUUUGGCGAGCGCCUUCUUGGCCGUCUACCGCAUCAGGGCUGGACACGCAACCCCCGGUCAAUUUGCUAUGCUUCUCAUGUACUGGGCUCAGCUGACAUCUCCCCUUCAAUUCUUUGCCAAGUUGGGUAAGAAUGUCAGUGACGACUUCAUCGAUGCUGAACGGUUGCUUGACAUUAUGAGAACCCAGCCAUCUGUUGAGAACCAGAAGGGAGCUCGGCCGUUGAAGUUUGUUGCUGGUGAGGUCGAGUUUGACAAUGUUUGCUUCAGCUACGACAAAAAGAAGGGCAUCAUCAAAGAUGUGAGCUUCCAUGUUCCGGCUGGACAAACGGUUGCAUUUGUUGGAGCCACUGGAGCAGGCAAAUCCACCCUGAUCAAACUUUUGGACCGGUUUUACGACGUUGGCGAGGGAUCUAUCCGUAUUGACGGACAGGACAUCCGAGACGUUGAUUUGUUCAGUCUUCGUGAUCGAAUUGGAGUUGUGCCCCAGAACCCGAUUCUGUUUGAUGACACGAUCAUGAACAACGUUCGGUACGGAAGAAUCACCGCGAGCGACGAGGAAGUGUUUGAAGCAUGCCAAGCAGCGUGCAUUCAUGAUAAGAUCAAGGGCUUUACCCAUGGCUACAAGACACGAGUCGGAGAACGAGGCGUUAAACUCUCUGGAGGCGAGCUCCAGCGCAUUGCAAUUGCCCGAGCAAUGCUGAAGAAGCCAGACAUCGUUUUGUUGGAUGAGGCUACCAGUGCAGUUGACACAGACACUGAGCAGCAGAUCCAGGUAUCUUUCAAGAGAUUAUGCCAAGGACGGACUACUUUCAUUGUUGCCCAUCGCCUAUCAACCAUCAUGAACGCGGAUCGUAUCAUCGUCGUCGAAAACGGCGAGAUCCUUGAGCAGGGCAACCACGAUGAGUUGAUUGUAGCUGGUGGAAGAUACGCAGACCUCUGGUCGAAGCAGGUCUUUGUCCGAUCGAAUGAUGAAGACAAGAACAACUCGGCUGGUCAAGCAGGAUUUGUUAACGACUUGUCCUCGGAGCAGACCAGAACAGAACUGUCAAAGGUCAACAAGCCCGCGCCAACGGCCAACGGAGGAGCAGACUCGUCGAAGCCAGAAGCCAGUGGAGAGGAACUAACAUCAACCCCCAAGCGCAAGCAAGAGGGAACCCGGUUGAAUCCUGUUGCCGCCACGUUUACGCCACGGACGCUCGCCAAGGCCAGACAAACUUUCGCAACUGAGACAUCCGAGGAAUCCGAGGUUUCCGGGGCGCAGAGUGAAACGAUGGGCACGAGCCUACAGACCAGCCGUCAAUGGUCUGAUGAGGAGGGUCAGCCUGUCAGUGAUGGCGAAAAAGUCGGACUUCGAGCUGGAUCCAGAGCGAAACGUCAGGCUUUCAUCGCAGCUGUGGACCGUGCCCUGAAGAAUCGUCCAGGCCAUGCCGAAGCUGAGCAUCAGAAGGCUGAGGUGGCGCCUGAAACCAGUGUAACCCAAGAUGAUGGCAUUCGUGCCCCAUCUUUUGAGCUCAAACUACCAUGCUACUCUCGACGGGUCCAGUCCAAGAGCGAGCCAUCCCAAGUGUCACAAACAUCGGAGGGUCAGCUGUCGGAGGGGAGUGAUACAGAGAGAGCGGCCUUGGAUCCUGUCUCAAAGGAACCAAGGUCUCCGGUCUAUCGUCACGUCUCACUCCCUUCCAUGAAGGGCGGUACAACAAGUGGCUCGCAAAUUCCCAAGCCCAUCGAACACAACAAUGCAUUGCCCUCGACCACGCAGAGAGGAGGCAACCAGACACCUACCAUUGCUCACUCACCGGAGAAGCAACCUCGUGGUCAGAAAACGGAGCCUCUGCGAAGCAGCAGCGCAACCUAUAUCCCAGCCAGCGCAGGAAGUUCCUCGGGCAAGGAGAACUCGGGUGUCAGAAUCAUGAGCGAUGGCAGGCCCGUCAUGCCACCAGGCACCAAUGCGCCCAACAGCAACGGCCCUUCGGGCGGCGGCAAUGAACCCGCCGUAUCCAGCCAACGUCGUGGUAACCGCGGGGGUCGACGAGGAAAAGGUUCCUGGUAUCGCGGCCGACGAGGUCGAGGAAGCUACCGGGGUGGUGCAGCUGGUACGCAAACAGGUUAG